GGCCAAAGGGAAAGCAAAGAGCAACAGCAGUGAGGACUUAGUUCCACCUGAGCCUCGGCCACUCAGGUCAAGAAAGAGGAAAUGUCCAAGCGAUGAAAUUUCCCUGACUGAUGAUGUUGAAGCUACUCUUCAUCAGCAGGCCAUUGAAAGAGAUAAUACAGAAGUUGCUUCUCCACCACUACAGUCUACUCUACAGGAAUGUGCUAUGAUUACAAAUCAACAAGAUGAGGGAGUAAAACAGUCAGAUCUCAUGAAACCAGAUGACUCCAUCAAAGAGAAGCAUGCAGGAGUAAUACAUGAAGCAGCAAGUGUUUACUUAACAGAUAUGGCAGUUACAGGACAAAAAGAGACCAGUGUCGCCAAACCCAAGAAUGGUUCUGAGCUGGAGGGCUUUAAAGUAGAUACUGAUAAUGAUACCAACAACAGUGGAAAGAACAAGGAGGAAAAAGCUUCAGAGGAACGUAACAAAUCACCAUAUCAAACAUGUUGUGAUCCACUCCUCUUGUCAAUCACUGAAGAGGGCGGUGGAUUCAGUACAGCUGCUUUGGAGAAGAAGCCGGGUGGAAAGGAGAGCUGUAAUUUGGAGGAAAAUCAAGAAACCAACCACAGCAAACCCAGCACCAUGUGCAUGAAUGAUGGCAAGGAACUAACAAAGGAGGCAGCAGCGGUUUUACCAGCCAAAAAGAAGCGAAGGAUGGGUAUGUGCGGUCUACCAGAGAGGGAAAGAAGUCAGUUUUUACUGAUUCAGAAGCGUGAAAGUGGGCCUAAUGGAAUGGAAAGAGUUGAGAAAGAGAUUUGUAAUAACAUAACUGACCCUGUGGCUCUGGAUGAGAAUAAAUCUUCACCCCCUUUACCACCCUCACCUGUAUUCAUCCCGGCAGAAUGUAUCACAGAGCAGAGCGAGACGGAGCUGCAGCUUCAGUCCUGUCACUGUGAAGAAGAUGACAGGUGAGAGUCAUAUGGUCCAUCUUUAGAUUCAUAGCUGACACCAAGCACGGUGGAAAGAGGUGUGUUAUGUCUAACUCUAGCACUGUUACAUUAUUUAUAUUUGACCUAUGAAUACAUGAAAAAAUACUAAAGUGUUGCUCAU